CUCUGACCACCAGCAGGCAAGGUGGGUUAAGUGUCUUUCCCAAGGACACAACAGCAGAAUUCUGUCUGGAGCCGGGAUCGAACCUGUAACCACCUGAUGACUGGACAACGCGCUCAACCUGCUGAGCUACUGCCCCACGUGUGUACUUUGGUCUGAUGGUGAAAUUGAGCUUAAAUAAAGUUGAAUGAAACUAGUUUAAACAUUACCCAUCUUGCAGCCUGAGUGGGAACGAGAACAAGAGACGGAUUAUUACACAACUUUUGCUUACUAGAAAAUCUGCAUGGUGAAAGAAGGGACACACUUUAUACACUUAGCAAAAAUAUUGCAUAAAACUUGAUGCAGGUUGGCAGAAAUGGGACCACUUUUUAAAAUCUUGAUGGCAAGUAUUUUUGUUGCUUACAUAGCUGUUAAAUGGACUGCACCCAGUUUUGAUCCCGAGUCCCUCAGAGGUGCCAGGGUGUUGGUCACAGGGGCCAGCAAAGGCAUCGGUGAGCAGAUGGCUUACCACUACGGCCGCUUUGGAGCCAAGAUCGUUAUAACAGGGAGGAGAGAGAAAGCCUUACAGCAGGUAGCAGAGAAGUGCCUGAGUCUGGGAGCCCAGGAGGCUCUCUACAUAGCAGCAGACAUGGCAAGUGAGUCCGACCCAGACAAAGUGGUGGAUUUUGCUCUAGACAAACUGGGAGGUUUGGAUUACCUGGUUCUCAACCACAUUGGUUCCACUCCCUUCAGCAUGUGGAGCGGAGAGGUGGGCCACGUCAGGUGGCUAAUGAAGGUUAAUUUCUUCAGCUACAUUCAGAUGGCCUGGAGAGCGUUACCCUCCCUCGAACAAAGUAAAGGAUCUUUGGUUAUUGUUUCGUCUGUUGCAGGUAAAAUGCCCAGUCCCUUCACAGCUCCAUACACCUCCACAAAAUCUGCCCUCAAUGGGUUCUUUGGUUCUCUUAGUCAUGAGCUGGCUAUGAAGGAGAGCAACGUGUCAGUCUCUAUAUGCACCCUGGGGCUGAUUGAUACUGAAUCUGCUAUGAAGAAAGUCAGGGGGAUCACUAAGAUGCCAGCCUAUCCAGCUGCAGAAGCUGCUCUGAACAUCAUCAUAACAGGAGCAACACGACAGCAGGAGCUUUAUUACCCUUGGUUCACACAGAUAAUUACUCUCUGCAAAGACUGGUUUCCUUCUGCGACAAACUAUGUCAUCCAGAACUCCUUAAACUACAACCCAUGACAUAAACGUGGACUCCUGUUGUGCUGCGGAUUGUUUAAUUGGUGACUUGAUAUGAAGUCACAUUUUUGUGUAUUUUGUCCCGCAUUGUACUCGAGUAACAAUGAAGCCGUUCAGUGAAGCAGUCCUUCUUUAAGAGCUUAACCAGCUCACCUGAAAGACCGGGAGGAGCCCUUAAGGUUGGUUUAUGCUUGACGCGUCCGCGAGGUCCGCACGGCUCCGCGCGGAAAAGUUGCGUCAUUUUAACAACCACGUCAACAACGCGCACCUCGGAAAAUUUCUACUGGUCUAGAUGUGUGUUUGACCUUUGACCUCUAACUGUUUUCCACAACCUGGCUUUGGUAGAAAAAGAAUGAUUGCCCCGCGUCGACAUUAAACAGCUGUUUAUAGUUCACCUCAUAAACGUGUUUCAACCUAAAUUAAAAUUGAUGAUCGGCAUCUGCUUAGUGUGAUCAGUUAAUCACAAACCUGGCAAUAAACCUUCAAUACAUACAUAA